AUCAUACUAACCUUAUUCUCAUCAACCUUCAUCUUCAUGUCUUCCGCCGGAAAAUUGUCACCGGCCACCGCCAUAUUCAUCAUCAUCAUCAUCCUACUUUCAUCAUUCUCCGGCAACUUUACAGUCGGAUGUUACACAUCCAUUUUCAGCUUCGGCGAUUCCCUCGCCGACACCGGCAAUUCACUUCAUCUCUCUCAAACCAUCGGUUAUCAUGUAAACUCCGGCACCUUCCCCUUCGGCCAAACCUAUUUCCACCGUCCAACCGGCCGUUUCUCUGACGGCCGCCUCAUCAUCGACUUCAUAGCUCAACAUUUAGGGCUUGAAUUGAUUCCACCUUAUUUUGGUGAACGCAAUCAUGAUAUGUUUAUGCCAGGAAUCAAUUUUGCAGUUGGAGGUUCAACUGCAAUGAAUGAUUCAUUCUUUGAUCAAAAGGGUAUUCAUGAACCCUAUAAAAAUGUAUCCUUAAUUCAUCAACUAUCAUGGUUCAAACAAAUUCUACCUUCUUAUUGUCAUCAAUCUAACUGCAGGGAAAUCUUCAACAAUAGUUUGUUCUUGUUGGGGGAAAUCGGUGGAAACGAUUACAACCAUGCGUUCGCCGAUGGUAGAAGUUUCGAAGAAAUUCAAACGUUUGUAGAUCCAGUUAUUCAUUCAAUUAGCAAUACAAUCAUAGAAUUGAUUGAGAUUGGGGCAGUAACAUUUAUAGUUCCUGGAAACUUACCAAUUGGAUGUAUUUCGAUCUACUUAAACAAUUUUAGCAACUCAUCUAAAGACUAUUAUGACCCUGAAACCGGUUGCAUUAUUUGGCUAAACGAAUUCUCUCAAUACCAUAACGAUAAGUUACAAACCGAACUCACUCGUAUUCGCGACCUUCAUCCACAUACAACCAUUAUUUACGCAGACUAUUACAACUCUGCAAUGGCAAUCUUUCGAAACCCUAGUAACUAUGGGUUUAAAGAAGGAGAACUCGGCCCAUGUUGUGGAGGUAGUAACGAUAAAGUGAGUUCUUCGAAGAACACUGAUGAAAAGUAUUCGUGCGAUGGGCCAGAAACGAAAACUUGCGACGAUCCUUCUGAAUAUAUCAAUUGGGACGGUACUCACUUGACUGAAGCUGCUUAUAAAUGGAUAUUUAAGGGUUUAUUGAAAGAUUAUAGUUAUCCUCCAAUGGAAAACUCUUUGUGUAAUGGUGGAUUAUCUUUACACCAUAAUGAAUUAUAAUCCAAACAAGAAAAAAAACUAAAUAUUCUCAAUUAUCAUUCAAAGAUUCAUCG